UAUAACACACAAUGACUGGGUUCUGUAGCUGAACUGCACUACAUGUAGCUGUUAGUAACUCAUUUGUAAACCAUAGAUUUAAGCGUUGUCUGUACUCGGGUUCUACAUCUCAGCAUCAGGAGAAAUCCAGUGCAUGAAAGAUCACCAUGGAAAAUCCGUCUGAAUUGGACUCCUUUACAGGAGAAAUUAAAGAAGCACUUCAGAACAAUAACCAAUCACUGGCUGCUACAAAGAUCCAAGAGUUAUUGGACAAAGAGAAAAACACUCGCCUCGAUAUUGCCAUCACAGGAGAGUCUGGCUCUGGUAAAUCCACAUUUGUUAAUGCCUUCAGAGGUAUAGACAACAAAGAUGAAGGAGCUGCUCCUACUGGUUGUGUAGAAACCACCACAGAGGUCACGCCAUACCCUCAUCCAAACUAUCCUAAUGUUACAUUCUGGGAUCUUCCUGGAAUUGGGACCACCAGGUUUCCAGCUGACAAGUACCUGAAGCAUGUUGGAUUUGAGAGGUUUGACUUCUUCAUCAUCAUCUCAGACACACGUUUCAGAGAAAAUGAUGUGAAACUGGCUCAGGAGAUUCAGAGGAUGGGGAAAAGGUUCUACUUUGUUCGCUCAAAGAUUGACAACGACCUACGUGCUGAGGAGAGAAGUCAGAGAGACUUCAGUGAAGAGAGGACUCUGAUUAAGAUCAGGGAAAACUGUGUUCAAGGACUUACACAACAGGGCAUUGUGGCUCCACAGGUCUUCCUGGUGUCCAGCUUUGAGCUUGGUCGGCAUGACUUUUCAGUCUUACAUGAGACCUUGGAGAGAGAACUACCUGAACACAAGAGGAAUGCUCUUCUGAUGGCCAUGCCAAAUAUCAACCUGGAGAUCAUCAAUAAGAAGAAAAAGGGGUUCAAGGCCAAAAUAAAAUACUUUGCCCUUCUGUCUGCAGUUGUAGCAUCUGCACCAGUUCCUGGUCUUUCUAUUGCUUGUGAUGUAGCCUUGCUAGUUGGUGUGGUCACAAAAUAUGUAAUUGGGUUUGGUCUUGAUAUCCCGUCCCUCCAGAGACUUGCUAAAAGCACAGGUGUGCCAUUUAAAGAUCUGAUGGCCGUCAUAAUUUCCCCAGUGGCUACAACAAAAGUAACUUCUGAUCUCAUCCUGAAGGUGAUCACCAGUUUUUCUACAACAGCUGUUUUAAUGGCAGCAGAAGAAGUGUCCAGAUUCAUUCCAAUAUUUGGAAUUCCAGCAUCAGUGGCCCUCUCUUUUAUCACAACCAAAAUAAUUCUGAAUAACAUCCUCAGCAUGCUUGCUGAAGAUGCAGAGAAUGUGUUUAAGAGGGCUCUGAAGAUGAACACCUCAGUGUGAUUAUUUUAAUUUAUUUAUUUUACAGUAAAUGGCGUUCAGCAGCACAUUUAAAGCUGCAGCAUACUAAACUGGUGUCACAGUAAAUAAACAUGGUAUUUUAAUCAAAACCUACAUGCACAUUUUAUCCAAUAUUCUUUUAUAGAUGAUUAGUUUAUAAAAUUGUUAUUUCUUACAGCUUUAGAAUCUUUAUUUCUUUGUUAUUUGUUUAUUUUAUUUCUGUGCUUUUUUGUUCAUUUAUUGUGUGCUUAUUUCUCAAUGUGUCUGUGUAAUAGUGAAUAGAGAAGGUAAUAUGGGAGCUAUUGUUGAAAUACUGUAGUGGGGGAGGCAUCUGUCCCACCCAUGGACAAACACGCAAAGUUUUGGGGUUUUUAUGUUUGAAAUAAUGCAUUGAAUGUUUAAUGGUGAUUAUUUGUGUUCUGGAGAAGGUGUUGGAUGACUUGAUGUUGGUGGCUGUCAGACUGUUGGUGGUGACAGAUUCACACCCGGAAUAUUUACUGGCUUCCUGGUCAUGUUGAUGAUGAUUUUGUUGGAAAAAUACAAGAGAGUAAACUCAUACAAUAACUCUGUUGUCUUGGGGUCACACUGUGUAUGAGGCAUGAGACGUGCAAACAAA